UCAGAACAAGUGUAGGGUGUGAAGGGUGUACGCUGCUCAGGUUUUUGUGGUUGCAGUUGCGCUGUCAACCUUAAAGUUGCAUGCAACUACUAUCGUGAAGUUUAUCUGGUGGGAAACAAAAAACAAAGAGGCUUAUGCUGUGCUGAUUGAGAGCUGUUCAGCCUGCACUCGCCUUCCUGUGGCCCCUGCCUUGAGAACAUCUUUCUGAUUUCAGCUUGUCCAUGUGACUUGGGUUUCCGUUGCUUGCCUGCUUCCGUGAAUAGUAAAAAGAGGUAUUGGUGUUUCACUCAGAGCAGAGGAAGGCAGCUGAAUCUCACACACGAGAACACACACUGCAACAGCGAAUCAACCAGCGAUAUGGUCAGAGGAUCAACCGUCAGUGGCUUGGGAAAUCCACACCUAACCACCAGCUGAGGAUGUUAAAAUGCCAGUCGCCAGGCUCCAACGCAUCCUGCUUUGCUUGUUACCCAUGUGGAUAAUUCUCUCGACAGCCUCAAGUCACCCUCAACACAGCAUAUGCCAGCUGGUACAAAGAACGGCUGUCUGCAACAAUGGCAAGCUCUCCUCUGUGCCUGCAAGACUCCCGAAGGACCUGGAGGAGCUUCAGCUCAACGACAAUAACAUUCAAACACUACAGAACAAUUCUCUCCUCGAUUAUCCCUCACUAAAGACCUUGAGCUUAGCUUGUAAUAGUUUAGAAAAAAUUAAAUCAAACACUUUUCAAGACUUAAAGUUGUUACAAAGCCUCAAUUUAGCCCACAACUAUCUUCAUGUUGGCUACCAAGAAACCAGCCAUGCAUUAAAGACUCUACCCAGGCUAAGGGCUCUGGAUCUAUCUGAGAAUAAGCUUGAUGAUGAAAUGAUUGCCACUCUCCUCCAAAAUCUGACAUCCCUGGAGUACCUCAAUCUUUCUGGAAACCUCUUGGAGAGACUGGAUGAGACGUCGUUCAGCGAUCUCCACCAACUCAAAGAGCUGGACCUACAGAGAAACAUCAUGUACGAGAUCGACGGCGCCUUCGACAGCAAUCCCAAACUCCAGCGGCUCAACCUGGCCUUCAACUAUCUGCUUUGCCUGACAGACUUCCACAUGACCCAGCUGGUGGUCCUCAAUGUCAGCCACAACUUUAUUGAAUGGUUCAGCUCCAGACAGGAUCUUAAUGACACUUUCCUGCUAGAGACGCUCGACCUAUCAGAUAACAGACUGUUCUUCUUUCCUUUCUUGCCUGACCACAGCCACUUACGGAAUCUUUACCUAUCCCAAAACAAUGUGAGGUUUUACGAACACUUGGUAGACAACAGCACAUUGCCAAACACGACCACAACCGUUGAGUUCUACAAUAUGAACAAGUAUACGGGCAACGUGACGGUCCAGCUGUGGGACGAGAGCAUUCACGGAGACAUCGCAUCUCUGGAGAUUUUGGAUCUAAGAGGGAACCAGGUGCAGUAUUUUCCUCAAGGAUUCAUCCACAAAAUGCCUGUUCUAUCUAGACUUCAAAUGCGAACAAACUGUCUGGAAACCUUGAAUCUAACAUCUGAACAGUUCUCUGGCAGCUUGUACGAGUUGGACGUUAGCAACAACAGGCUGAACCAGAUCUCAGCGGAUGUAGGUAUGCUGACAGUUCUUGGUAAUCUGACAUACCUUAACCUUAGCCUGAACAACCUUGAGUUGUUACCGUCUGGAUUAUUUUCCUCAUUGCCAAGCCUCAGGUCAGUGGAUCUGAGUUAUAACAAUGUUGACAUUUGCUUUCCUGAGGAAUCUGAGACUAAAACAGACAAUAGAACAACUUGCGCGGAUUGGAAAAACAUUGCAUCCUUAAGGCAGCUUUACCUUAAGGGUUGCAACCUUAAAAUAAUUCCUUCAUCUGCAUUCACUGGGUUGUCUCUAACAUGCUUAGAUCUGUCAGACAAUCCUGGAGUCAUUGUCCAAGAGUCAAUAAAAAGUCUAAGAACGUUACAGCAUCUAGGUUUAGGAAACACUCACAUAAAAGACUUUGACUUCUCCCAUUUCCAAAGCCUGCAGUUUUUAAACAUCUCCGGUAACUAUCUUUCCCAUGUUCCCCCUUCCCUUCUAAAUCUUGACAUAAAAGUGCUGGAUUUGAGGGACAACAACAUGUCCACUAUUCCCGUAGCUCAGGCAAACACAUUAGCCCAAAAACUGCAAACUGUUUUCCUAACAGGAAAUCCAUUCAACUGCUGCCAAAUCGAAUGGUUCGGGGCAUUUGAAACAACAAAGACUAUCAAUAUGGUCGGACAAUCACACAUUGAAUGUAAGGAUCUCUUCCAGAUGAGACACAGAGUGGAGCGCUUUCAGGCCUUUUGGUGUUAUCAGAAAGGGGAACCUAUAUGGUGGUACUUUGUCCUUGUACCCAUCUGUCUUUCUUUUGUUGGCAUAACAAUUAUUGUUCUCCUCACCUCUAAGCCAAAAAAGUUACCAAUGUCAAUCAAAAAGAAGUGCCUGAAGCGUACAUCCUACUGAUACUUUAUAAACCCUAAACAAAACCAUGUUCUGUACAGUAUAUUAUUAAUAAACGUAACUGAAUGUAUGUUGGAGAUAGAAUCAGAGGUUUCAUCCUCCGAUUCUAUCUAUCUAAUAAAUUCAAGUCAUUGUAUUAUUAUAAAUUCAA